GAGACUGUCCAUGAAACAGUGUCAAGGAGAUUCAGCAGGAAAAGAGCCAAUGACAGCUGGAUGGCUGAUGUCUGUCCUAUGAACCUACCAGCCUCCCAAACGGUUUCCAGAGAUGGAUUAUCUUACUUUCUUCUUCGCUCUUCUUCAUGUAUACAGAGCGCUAUGUGAAGAGAUGGUUUGGGACACGACUGUUAAACUUGCUGAGAAUAUGAGUCUGGAGUGUAUAUAUUCAUCACUGGACACCUUAGUUCAGCUGGAAUGGCACAAGAUCACUACAACCAACAGAGAGCUCAUGGCCAUUUUCAGCCCUACUUACGGUUUGAGUGUAAAGCCACCCUACACUGAUAGGGUUUACUUUUUAAAUUCCACCAUGGCGCCUAAUGAUAUGACCCUGUCCUUUCAUAACGUCUCUGAGGCCGAUGUUGGCUUCUAUUCCUGCUUUCUGCACACUUUCCCACAAGGACAUUGGGAGAAGGUGAUCCAGGUGAUUGCCUCAGAUAGCUUUGAGAUCGCUGUGCCAUCAAGGAACCACAUUGUCUCAGAACCUGGGAAAAACGUCACACUCACCUGUCAGCUUCCACAGAAGGGGCCAAUACAGCAAGUUACAUGGGAAAAGAUCCAGCCCCAUCAGAUUGACCUCUUGACUAGCUGCAACUUGUCCCAAGGAAAAGGUUAUGCUUCAAAGUACCAAAGACAGAUACUGAGCAACUGUAGUCAGGGCAUGACAAGCUCCUUCAUCGUCAUGCCCCACGUCAUGGCCUCUGACUCAGGACUCUACCGCUGCUGCUUCAAGGCCAGCACAGGGGACAAUGGAACCUUGGAAACAAUCGCAAUGAGGUUGACUGUAACCGAUGGUAAAACUGAUAACCAAUACACUCUCUUUGUGGCUGGAGGGGCAGUUUUAUUGUUGCUGUUUGUUGUUCUAAUUACCACAGUCACCGUCAUUUCUUAUAAGAGGAGAAGGAGUCAGAAGAAACUAUUUAAAGACUCCUGUGAUGCACAGAAUAAGGCAGCCAACAACUACAGAAAUCCCGACUCUACCAAUCAGUCAUCGGAUGGUGCAAGAGAGGAUAUUUAUGUCAACUACCCAGCCUUCUCUCAGAGGCCAAAGACCAGAAUCUAAGCAUUUUCCUUGAGCUGAGCAGAUUUAUGAUGACUAUUUUAUAUUAUUUUUUUCCCACUACUUGGUGCCUACCCUGGAUACUAGAUGGUUACAUUUAUUUAAUUUGAUAGGAAAAAUACCUUAUAACCUGAAGAACAUUCUUAACAGAAAUGUUUCAGAAACCCUGAUUCUCAUUAGUAUAUACGUAAAGGGAAACUCGCUGAGUCACAUAAUGGAACAAUCCAGGGGGAUCCAGCUUCAGACAAGAGUUAUUUCUGAAGGUUUAAAUGUCACAUAUUGGAUUAAGUAUGGGCAUAAACCUGUUUCUGGGUCUCCUUUCGUGGUGUUGGAUCCACUGUAUUGGUGUUAGCCUAACUCUUAUUCACGUGUUUCCUUGUGUUUCCAGCACCUCUUGGCGAUUCUCAAUCCUUGUUUCUGCCUGGUAGAGAGUUUACUUCUCUGAUAAAGUAAAUGGAUUCGGUUAUUUGACCAUCAUUGAACAGGCAUCAUGACUGGAAAGGAUGAAAUGGCUUAAGUCAAUUAAGGGUUCACCUCUAGAACAAGGACUGAGGCCAAAGCACAUUACCAGGGAAUUCAGAGUAUUAUUAGAGGAGGGAGAUGGGGAGAUGUUGGCUGGUGACCAACAAAUGUGGACUGCAAGCCAUUCCCAAACAUCUCCUGUUGACCAACUGAGAAGAGAACAUGUGGACGGAUCUGGGUUAGUGCUCUCUCCCCCCACUUUAAAAUCUGCUCUAUCAGCAUAGUCCAGAAGAGUAGUUGGCAGCAGAAAUAAAUGAAUGGUCAAGAGGAAGACAAAUAGAACACGGAAAUCUCUUCCUUUUCUAUUAUCAAAUGAAGGAAUCCCUGAUUCUGCCUGGAAUUCUUUCCAAUCUCUCUGGCUUAGCUUUAUGAGCAAGUGUAGUACAUGGUCCAAUAAUAACUUCAUGUUUUUGAUAUUGAAUUUUUCUACUUUUGAGAACUAUUUUUAAAUAUGUGAAGUCUCUCAGAAGAGUCAGGCAUCUAGGCAUUAUCAGUUGUUUUUCUUUUUUAAUAAUUAUGGGAAAUCUGAAUAUAAGAAAAAGAAUGUUAGUUGCAAGUGUGGUUUGGGUUGUGGUAGAAACAUGAUGGGGAAGAACCUUGGAGGCCUAUAGGGAAGGAGGAACAGGGAACAAAGAAUAGGAAGAUACAGAGAGAACCUUGUCUUCCUUUACAGUUUGGCCAAAGACAACCGUAGUGAUGUCAAUACACAGUAGUUAGUGGCUGUCCUGCCAUUGUCCACAUUCUAGAUGGGGUCACACAAUGAAAAGUAGUUCUGAAGCUAAAUAAGGAUCAUGAUCACCUUGAAAUCACAGUGGUCAUUACCAAAGAGAGUGAUCAUUCAUGUCUCAAAUAUUUAUUACUCAUCUCUAAAACAUUCACCACAAAAAUUGCAUGUAAGUAUCAAAGUUGUAGGUUUUUAUAAUUUUAAGUGAACCAAAACCAAAUUCUCAUGGUAUCUAGGCAGAUUUGAUGCUGCAAUUUACAGUCUUAAGUGAGUCAAUGGAUAUUUUAUGAUGAUAGCUUUAACUACUGUGUGCACCCAAUAGAGCAAUGAUUCUGUGAAUCCCAGAAAUUGUGGGUGCCCCUGCCGGCUUCAAAAGAGAAAAAGCAAAAAUGUCCACUCUCAUGAGGUAUUUCCAAAUUCUCAGUGACUAAUAUGGGUGAGGAGGAAAGCAUUUCUACCAAUGCAAUAUGGGGAAAUGAAAAUCCCACUUGAACAGAGAAGAUGAUGGGGUGUGGGGGGAUGCCGGGUACAAAGUACAACCAGAUGCCACUGUCCUGGAAGUUUCCCUCAUGGAAGAUUCUACAGCAGAGCCUGCAGACCGUUUAAAACCGGUCUCUUUUCCCAUGCAUGUUUUGCUUUUUCUUUAAUCUGUCACUCAGAAUAUUUAUGAGAACUAUAUCCUCUGUCCGUCUUCUUCGUGUAUUCCUCCUCUGCAGAGCUCAGGAUUUUUCAGGCAUUUAGUACUCUUCUUAGUCCUGCUGGAAUUUCUCUGCACCCCCCACCGACCCCACCGCUGGUCCUAUUACACUCUCAGCUGUUCAUGCUGAUGAAAUUCUACUCACUAAGGUUCUUUCCCUGGACAUCUUUACUUACUAAUGAAGUACUUUCAUUAUUGUCUGUUUAACAUUAUUCCUAAUUAGCUAGAGUUUUAUAACUCUCAUAUAUAUAUACACCUACUAUAGAAAUAAUACAUGGUAUGUAUAGUAUAUUGC